AUGAUCAUUAUAAACAAAAGCGCAAUAAGUUAUACCUUGUUACUUUGUUUUUCGACAUGUGUUGCGGGUGAUUGUGGCACAAAUGGAGAGCCUCUUGCAAAUAAAGCUGACAGUUGUCUAUGCACAUCGAGCUACUAUGGUACAAAUUGUGAAAGUCAGCUCUCUAACGCUUCUACGUGCGCAACCUGGAAUGAUCACGAAAUACAGUUGGAGAUCAAAACGUCGGCUACACUACACACGGAAAACAAACUAGUUGAUGACCAGUAUGUACACUGGGAAGUAUCAGUUCCCGUUGGGGCGAAUAGAACAUACACGCGUGUCAAGGUUGGCACUUGUGUCGAUGGAGCGAAUCUGCAAGUUUUUGAGCAGAAGUCUGAUCCAUGCGCUGAUAAAUUGAUAGUACAGAUGAGUGUGUCAUUUAUGGCUGGUUCUUGUGGCUUCUCGCUAACUAAAACGAUUGCAAAUCAGACGCAGUACAACAAUUACACUUCGUCAAUAUCUUUACACUACAGCGAACCUACCACAGUAGCUACCAAUAUCGUGACUAGAACAGCCAACGUACUUGUACCAAUCAAUGUGCUUAUCGAAUCACAAUUUUCAGCGCAAACCUCUGAGGUUGAAGUCUUCUCACCUUUCGAGAUCACGGCGGCCCUGUCGGCUCUGACCGUUGUUCCCGGAUCAACAUUGUCUACCAUGUUGGUGAGCUACGUUGUCGCGUAUCCGUACACUGUGACAGGUGCAAAUCCAAUACUGACCUCCUCGACCGAAAACACUGCGUCAAUUUGCAAGACGGAUAACGCCGGCGAUUGUGGGGCCAUUCCUUUUGUGGCUGAUGCAUGUGAUGCAGAUGAGUAUACCCAGACAGACAAAUCAUGUCUGAAAUCUUUUUUUGUGCGUGUAUUACAUGGAGAAUGCGAGCUCACGGGCAACUACACAAUAAAGAACGUGGCAGUUGCCUGUCAUGCCGGACUACCGGACCAGGAUUGUCCGAUACGGGAGGCUAACAACAGCUCAAGCAUAGACUUCUCGGUGACGAGCGACAACUUUUGCGAUUUUCUGGGUAUCCAGACUAUUGAUCGAGCAGUAAGCAUUGAACGUUUUGUCUUUGUUGACCCUGAAAAUAGACAAAGAGAUGCAGAGAGCUAUUUCAGUGGUGAUGCUGCGACAGGCAGUCAGGUGUUGAUGGCGUCAGCAAACAUACCCAACACAGCGCUUGUAUACAACCAAAAUGUUUACGGCAGGAUAGACUUUGGCGGAAUUGAUGUCAAAUCUGUGGAUAUAGUGCGAAGCCAGGUAAAGCUAGAGGGUGAUGCUGACUGGGUGGAUUCAAUUAACUUGCCGGAUUCUGAUGUAUCCAUAUCACUCACUGCCGGAGUGGAUUAUCCGCAAACCCGCGAGGACAAUUAUGAAAGCAGCCUUUCCUGUGCCAAGCUAGGGUUGUGUUUUGACGACCAAAGCUUUUUGAUUCGGUUCCUUCUAGACGACAGUCUUGUACCGCCAAUGACCAACCCAGGACUUGGUAAUACAAAAGGGUUGGACUACCGACUGACUAUCGAGGUAUCGUACGACAGCAUUGAAGCUUCCAAUCGUCGACGCAAACGUCAGACCUCUGCUGACCCCGGAAGUGCAGGAAAUCACGGAUCGGCUAUGGUGUGGGCUUCUGCAACAGCGAAGGGGACUGAGGAAGAAACCGCAUCUCAGCAGGACGAUGGGAACGCUUCAACCUCGCAUUUCACAACAAUGGAGAUAUUAGCUUGUGCACUUUUUGGACAAGUGCUUUUAUACACUCGCGCAUAA